AGAAGAUAUGAUGAAACGUUCUUUCUCAGAGAACACCGAGCAGAAGGAGACCCCCGCACAACAGAGACAGGUGCGUGACCACGAGAAGACACUCAAGGAGAUGACAGCCGUAGAGUGUGUGCACUGCAGUGAUCUGGAGGACUACUACAAGGACACAGCCCAUCUGCUAACACUCAACUAUGACCUCAUGAAAUUUAUAUUCAGCACUAGUGCCGGGUCUAAGGUUCUUUCGCCUGGGCGGCUGUUUGUGAUCUGCCACAUGGCCCACCGUAACUCUGUGGCUGUGCUAUUACGCAGUGAAAGCCCGCCAAAAGUACCUGCCGUUACACUCACUGUACUGGUGCUCUGUAGUGAGAAUAUGGUACAACGCAAUGCAGGCGAAGGUGCGCUGCUGCCGCUGCCCGUCCAUGAACUGAGUGUGCCGCAGGGCAAGCUGUCGCACGAGAUAGUCAACAUCGCACCCACCGAUGUGCUGUACAUCACUAACCAGCGACUGGCGCUGAAGGACCCAGCAGCUAUGCUCAAGCCGAAGCCACCGCUGCCAGGAGGAAAGAAACGACCCGAAGAGGGCGAGGCAGACGAAUUGACACAACAACUGAUGGUCAUCGCAGAGAAAAUGAAUCAAAAAGAUGAAGUCACCACUAUCGAUCCAAAAAAAGACCUCAAAAUUCUGGAUCUGGAUUUUGCCGAAAAGUGGAGUCAGUACAAAACCAUUAAGGACCGUUUGCGGACGUAUGAGUGUCUCGGGUGUCCAGAUUUAAACGCGCACUAUGGCGAUACCUAUGUUAGGAAGUCUCUCCAUGAUAAGGUGCAAAAGCUCAAGUACAACCUGUCGCAACAGAAUCUGAGCCUGCUGCCCGAGUAUGAGCAACGCAUCCGCGUGUUGCAGAGGUUGAUGUACGUCGACCACGACCGGAUAGUACAACUCAAGGGACGUGUGGCAUGUGAAAUCAACAACUGCGAUGAGGUUUUAGUGACCGAACUGAUCUUCAACAAUGUUCUCACCGACCUGACGGCCGAGCAAAUUGUGGCCCUGCUGUCGUGUAUGGUGUUCCAAAGUAAAAUCAAUGACGAGCCGUGUUUGACCAAAGCACUGCAGGAGGGACAAGAAAACAUCAUCAAAAUGGCGACUCUGAUUGGCGAGACGCAAAUGGAAUGCGGCAUGACUGAGCCCGUUGAUACCUACCUCGAGACGUUGAAGUUCGGUCUAGUUGAAGUUGUGUACGAAUGGGCCAGGGGGAUGCCGUUUGCGGAGAUCACCAACCUGACCACAGUGGAGGAGGGUGUCAUUGUGCGGUGUAUAGUGCGACUGGACGAAACCUGUCGUGACGUGCGAAACGCUGCGCGUGUCAUAGGCGACCCCUUACUGUACAAGAAGAUGGAGCUAGCAUCCGAGCUGAUCAAACGGGAUAUCGUAUUCGCAGCUAGUUUGUAUACGGCCUAGCUUAAGUGGCAGGCACGCAUACGACAAUGAAAGUGCUUGAGGUCGUGAGCUGACAAGGAGGUAUGACAUUGGUUGGCAGGGGGGAUUCUUCUUCAUACGGGGUAGACACAGCAGUGGAUGGGAUGGUAUUAGCCGCCGGUUUGUACACGGACAUACCGUUAUAGAGACAACGAGGGAUAUGGAGGUGGAUCCUGAGACGAUGAAGCGCGAUGUUGAUAUAUAUGUAUAUAUAUAUGUGUGUGUGUGUGUGUAUAGCCGAUCGGUUGUUCAUGUCCCGAUAGAGUAUUGAAAAUUGGGCUCAGCGGGCUACAGCGAAUCCGUGGCAUCAGAGUGUACAAAUGACUAAAUGUUUCGUACGCGUUAAAAAUCAUAUACGACCCAAUGGAAUAAUGACACCGGCCACCGACGAGAGAAAAGCAUUCUAUGCUGACCAAUGUGUGGGCUGUAUAAGCGAUACGUUUCGUCUAGCGACAUUUGUUAAGCAGACUGGAACGCGAGAAGGGAGGGGCGCUCGCGGCUUGGUUGCAUUUCAGCUGAUGGAGUGCACUAUUGGAUUACUAUCAGGGCAUAAUUAUUACCGCGGAGAAGCUGUGUUUAGUGUCAGUUUAUUAGUUGGUCUGUCAAGGGCAUGUUGUUGACCUAUGACAGCCAGUCUGUAAUGUUGGGAACGACAAUCACUAGGCUGGAAUGUGUAUAUCUCGGACGAUGCAACUGAGAGCCUCAAUUUGGUAUUCGGCGUAGUCACUCACCAAAGCAGUCGUCGAAAUGAGACACAACGGUAUCAUGUAUUUCAGUAGAGAGCGGCAAAUUAACAUCCACCGCCACCUUGCACACGGCCUCGACAAUAGAUGUGUAUUGAUAGUAUCACUUAGUAAACAUUAGACGACAAUAGGUGUGUAAGUGAUAGCAUCACUCAGUAAACAUUCGACGAUAAUAGGUGCGUAGUAAUAGUUACAUCGAGUGCAUGACUCUAUAAACAUUAGACACGGC